AUGUUUGUCCUCCGCCAUCAUGUCGCCGAGUUCUCGUCAAAUAAGUUCCUCUCGACUAGCAGCAUCAUCUCCUACACAUAUAUCCUCCUCGGUUGGUCCACGUCGAAGCACCCGAACUACGCCAGUUCGGCUCCCAUCUUCUCGUACAAUGCUUUCAAUCCCAUCAGAUUCUCGAAAAUCGAUCCAGUCUGUUCGCAAUAA